AUGAAUAAUGAGACAUGCAGUUUUAUGCUGGCACUUGUGAUAAUAGCAAGUGUAAUCGUUGGUUCUGCAGGAAAACGCAAACUCUCCGAAGCCGAAAUUCAAAGACUAUUGAAGCAACGCAACAAGUUUCCCGUCAAAUCCACCAAGGGUUCAGAGGGAAGAAUAAUAGAUUGCGUUCAUGUCAUGGAUCAACCUAGUAUGGAUCAUCCUUUGCUCAAGAACCAAACAAUCCAAAUGAGGCCGAGCGGCUUGCCUAAAUUUUGUUCCAAAAAAGAAGAUGCGUUUGGGAAAUCGGAAGCCAUGUGGAAUCAGCUUUGGCGCAUGAACGGGGAAUGCCCGAAGAACACAAUUCCAAUCACAAGAACAACAAGAGAAGAUUUGCUAAGAGAAGCUUCCCUUAAGAAGAAGAAGCUUCCACCACUAAACAGAUCCUAUGUUGUCGACGAAAACCGAGAUAAGCACGAGUACGCAAUAAUGGGAACUCAAGGAGAACUCGUAGGAGGAAAGGCUCGUAUGGGAGUGUGGAAUCCGAGAGUCGAGGCAGGCGCAAAUGAGUUCAGCUUGGCUCAGUUGUGGCUCAUUAGUGACCCCGUGGUUACCACCACCGUUGAAGCCGGCUGGCAGGUUUACCCAGGAUUAUAUGGAGACACGAAAACACAUUUGUUCACGUUUUGGACUGAUGAUGCAUACGGGAGCACUGGCUGCUACAACUUGGGAUGCCCCGGCUUUGUUCAUACUGACCACCGUGUCACCAUCGGUGGUGUCUUACCACUUACAUCCGUCUAUGAUGGUACACAAUUUUAUUUAGAAUUGGCCAUCUCCAUGGACCCCGUAAGCAAACACUGGUGGCUAUAUAUGGCUGGGGAACCCCUGGGAUACUGGCACAGAGACGUAGUAACGGGACUGGACCAAGGUGCGCAAUAUUUUGAUUUGGGAGGUGAGAUUGACAACGAGAAUCCGAAUCAGCACACGUCCACGGAGAUGGGGAGUGGACACUUUCCGGACGAAGGGUUGGGUAAGGCGGCUUCUUUCUUCGACAUAGCGGUUGUCGACUCGUCGGACAACGUUCGCGAUGAUCUCGGAAGCUUCAAACCGACAAUCACUCACGGAAACUGUUACACAUUGUACGCUUCAACGUUCCCCGAGGGAACCGGUUUUUACUACGGAGGUCCUGGCAGACACGAUGAGUGCCCAUGA